CACACCAGCCGUUGCUAGCUCGGCAGGCGCACCCGCCAGCCCCGAUAACUACCGCCACAUUCCACACGUCCUCGCCAUCUUCCCCUCUCUCUCUUCUGCUCUCAACAACGUCAAACCUCCUUUCAUUCCAUCCAUCUCUCCUUUUCAGAUACCCCAUCGCAAUGGCAACAAGCGUUAUCGUUGUUGGCGGCGGCCUUUCCGGCCUCAGCGCUGCCCACACCAUCUAUCUCGCCGGUGGUAACGUCACAGUCCUUGACAAGCAGGGCUUCUUCGGCGGCAACUCGACGAAGGCUACCUCCGGCAUCAACGGUGCCCUCACUAGGACACAGAUUGAGCUCGGCAUCCAGGACAGCGUGAAGCAGUUUUACGACGACACGCUCAAGUCUGCCCGCGACAAGGCGAGGCCCGAGCUCAUCAAGGUCCUUACCUACAAGUCGGCCGCCGCCGUUGAGUGGCUGCAGGACGUGUUCAACCUUGAUCUCACACUCGUCUCUCGCUUGGGUGGCCAUUCUCAACCCCGCACCCACCGUGGGCACGACGCCAAGUUCCCUGGCAUGGCCAUCACUUACGCCCUGAUGCAGAGGCUCGAGGAGCUCGCCGAGACUGAGCCUCACCGCGUUAAGAUCAUCAAGAAGGCUCGCGUCACCAGCCUCAACAAGGAAGGAAACACCAUCACCGGUGUCCAGUACGAACACGAUGGACAGACUAAGACCCUUAACGGGCCCGUCGUCCUCGCCACUGGCGGCUAUGCUGCCGAUUUCGGCGAAGGCUCUCUUCUGAAGAAGCACCGGCCUGACACCUACGGGCUGGCCACCACCAACGGCUCCCACGCCACCGGUGACGGCCAGAAGAUGGUCAUGGCCAUUGGUGGCAACGGCAUCGACAUGGACAAGGUUCAGGUCCACCCUACUGGUCUCGUUGACCCCAAGGACCCCGGCUCCAAGUGGAAAUUCCUGGCUGCUGAGGCCCUCCGUGGUGAGGGCGGUAUCCUCCUGAACGCCGACGGCGACCGCUUCUGCGACGAACUCGGCCACCGUGACUACGUCUCGGGUAUGAUGUGGAAGGAGAAGGACAAGGGCAAGUUCCCCAUCCGCCUGGUCCUGAACUCCAAGGCCUCCAAGGUUCUGGACUUCCACACCCGCCACUAUUCCGGCCGCGGCCUCAUGAAGAAGAUGACCGGUAGGGAGCUCGCCAAGGAGAUUGGCUGCACCCCCGAGCACCUGCAGCAAACCUUCCAGACCUACAACGCCAUCGCCGAGGGCAAGCAGAAGGACCCUUGGGGCAAGCGCUUCUUCCACAACAUGCCUCUGGAUAUCAAUGAUGACUUCCAUGUCGCCUUGAUGGAGCCCGUCCUUCACUUCACCAUGGGUGGUAUUGAGAUCAACGAGAAAGCCCAAGUUCUCAACAAGGAGAAGAAGCCCUUCGAAGGUCUCUUCGCUUGCGGUGAGCUUGCCGGCGGUGUCCACGGCGCCAACCGUCUCGGUGGCUCGUCUCUGCUGGGCUGCGUUGUCUAUGGCCGUGUCGCUGGUGACUCCGCGAGCAACUACCUCUUCCAGCAGGCGCUCAAGGGCUCCGCUGGUGCCGCCCGCCUUGGCCAGAUUGCCCUGCACAUCGAUCCCUCGACACCGGGCAAGAUCUCUGUUGAGUGGGCCGGUGCCGGCGGCAACGAGGCCCCCAGGGCGCAGGCCGUGCCGGCAAGCGCCCCUGCGGCGAAGAAGGAGACUGAGGAAAAGCCGUUUUCCAUCCCAGACAAGGAGUUCACCAUGGAGGAGGUCGCCAAGCACAACAAGAAGGACGACCUCUGGGUUGUUGUCAAGGGCGUCGUCCUUGACCUCACCAACUGGCUCGAUGACCACCCGGGUGGCCCUCAGGCCCUUCUCAACUUCAUGGGCCGCGACGCCACUGAGGAGUUUGAGAUGCUCCACGACGAUGAGGUCAUCCCCAAGUAUGCCCCCUCGCAGGUUAUCGGGCGGGUCAAGGGCCAGGAGGUCACCCUUAAGGUCUAGAGGCAACGCUUCAGAGUGAAGUAGCGAUCAUCCUUUAUUACGGCGUGGCUUGGGGCUGUGGUAAAAGGCGUAUCUUAAUUGACUGGGCCCAAGGAGGAGGCAGA